AAAAAAAUGUCAACAGCAGGACAAGUCAUUAAAUGUAAAGCGGCAGUUGCUUGGAGCCCAACUCAACCUCUAAGUAUUGAAGAAGUUGAAGUUGCACCACCGAAGGAAGGAGAAGUUCGCGUCAAGAUAUUGUUUACUGGAGUUUGUCAUACAGACGCAUUUACAUUAUCUGGAAAAGAUGCUGAAAACGGAUGGUUCCCAAUAAUUUUGGGACAUGAAGGAGGUGGUAUUGUAGAAUCAGUCGGCGAAGGAGUAACAUCGCUUCAACCGGGAGAUCAUGUGAUUCCAUUAUAUGUUCCCGAAUGCGGAGAUUGUAAACUGUGUAAAAGUGGAUUAACAAAUUUAUGUACCACAGUUUUACAAGGAACAGGAUUAAUGCUUGAUGGAACGACUAGAUUUACUUGUAAAGGAAAAAAAAUUCAUCAUUAUAUGGGUUGUUCUACAUUUAGUCAAUACACAGUUGUGUUGGAAACAUCGGUUGCAAAGAUUAAUCCUAAAGCUUCACUUGAUAAAAUUUGUUUACUCGGAUGUUGUAUUACAACGGGUUAUGGAGCCGUAAUAAAAACUGCUGACAUUCGACCUAAUUCUACAGUAGCAGUAUUUGGUUGUGGUGGUGUUGGUUUAUCUGUAAUUCAGGGUGCUACAGCACGUAAAGCAAGUCGAAUUAUUGCUGUAGAUAAAAAUCCAAAGAAAUUUGAAUUUGCCAAGAAACUUGGAGCGACCGAUUUUGUUAAUCCUGAUGAUCACGAUAAACCAAUUCAACAAGUUAUGAUUGAAAUGACAGAUGGAGGACUUGAUUAUACAUUUGAAUGUACCGGAAUUCCAAAAGUGAUGAGAGCAGCACUUGAAUCAUGUCAUAGAGGAUGGGGAGAAUCAAUUAUUAUUGGAGUUUCUGGAGAGGAUAUUAGUACUACACCACUUCAACUUGUUCAUGGUAGAGUAUGGAAAGGAAGUGCUUUCGGUGGUAUAAAAGGAAGGAGUGAAUUACCAAAUUUAGUUGAAGAGUUUCUUGAAAAGAAAUUGGAAAUUGAUUUGUACAUCACUCAUCAAUAUAAUUUGGAAAAUAUUAAUAAAUCUUUUGAUGUAAUGCAUGAUGGUGAUAGUAUUCGGGCAAUCAUUAGCCUAGAAUAAAUAAAAAUUUUUUUUUUUUUUUUUGUACAACAGAUAAUUAUUAUUACAGAAUGUAUUAC